AUGUAUGGUGAACAACAAGAAGAAGGACCGAUACCUCUCAACUUACUACCCACACGCAAGCGACCCUAUCCUGGUGAAGUUGUUGAGAUGAUGGUUGGUGGGGAUACUAGGUACUCACCACCAAUGCCUCCACCAUUCAUGCCACCACCACUAACAGCAGAUGCCGAUCCUGGUCCACCUACUAGGGGACCUGAUGGAUACUCUUGGAAGGACUUGGUGUUCGAGACGAUCGACCCUGUAGUACCUAGUUUGGCAGUGAAUCUACCCGUACCUCUCGAUAGAGCUGGUCUAGUAGUAGGAGUACGAGGCAAUACUGUUAGGGUAUCUUUUGAUAUAUUGGAUGAUCAUUGUGGUUUGGUGAUCGGCAGACGAGGUCGGAUGCUUGCCGAUUUACGUGAGGAAUCCGGUGCUUCUAUCGAGCUGGUAUCUGUAGAUGAUAGACCAGCUCAACCUAAGUUACCAGAUGCCUUACCAGUACCACCACCUAAGAAUCCAGAAGCAGAAGAUAGGGCAUUGAACCCACGUUGGGUAGAAGAAGAUUAUCGAAUGGGUGCUCCACCUCUACCAUCGUCGUCCCCUUCCUCUGGCUUACCUCGUGUAGAGGUCAGUGGUCUCACUACUGCUGCUGCUGUAGCUGUGUCCCACUUCGAUUCACCUGAAGCGGUAGAUGCCUGUGCACCACUUCGGGACACACCUCUCGAUACACCAGUCGAGUAUUAUGUAGAUGUACCAGCUGAUAGAGCAGAGCUCCUCACUGAUCGAACGAUGCAGGAUCUCCGUCGACGCUCACAAUGCUAUGUGGAAUUGAUGCCAAUAGAUGAUGAUGAUGAUGAGCCAAAGUCGAGUGAAGAGCCUCCCCUUAUGUGGCGUCGGCUAAUGCUGUAUGGUAUGCCUGUACCGAUACAUUAUGCUAUAGUUAAGCUGAAGGAUAUCAUGAAGGGUGAAGUCGUGGAGGUUGGUGAUAAUGGAACUAUCAAGAUUAAGGAAUAUCCAAAGAUUGGGGAGGGUGAUUUGGGUACACCCUCCACCCAGUACAGUCGAAUGCAAGAUGAGGCUGAUGCCGAGAAGGGCGAGGUAACACUGGAUGAUGACUAUUACGACAGUCCAGAUCCUAACAUACGAUGGGAUGAUUAUUCUGAGUGUUGGGAAGUUUAUUGGUAUGAACAUGAGAAACUCAAUGCUAAGCCUUUCCCGGUAAAGAAGUUUGGUAUCAAAUGGUCAAAGGAGGAAGCCAAGAAGUUCUAUGAAGAGUUGAAGGGUAGUGGUAGAGUCCAUGCUCGUCCCUCUCAUAAGAGUAGUAAUGAUUCUAUUAUGUGGGAUGAGAGGAUGCAGGGAUGGGCAGUAAGUUAUUGGCAGAAUGGAAGACCCAGGACGGCUACGUACAGUGCUAGUAAGCAUGGCUUCUAUCGAGCUCAUGACAAGGCUAUGGAAGUAUUUAGAGAUAGUCAGAGUACGUAUUGGAAGAGUGAGAUGUGUUAUGGUGAUGAGGGGAAGCAGGGACAGCAGGGUUCACAACCGUUCGAACCUCUACCAUGA